UAGAGCCUGGGAAAGAUGGCGGUGGCGGUGUUGGGCCAGCUGGGUGCGUUGUGGAUGCAGAGCCUCAGUAGCCGGGGAAACUUGGCCUUGGGGCUUCUUUCAUCUCGUAAUGUGCUCCAGUCACAUAUACACACAAGUGCUUCCCUUGACAUCUCUCGAAGAUGGGAGAAGAAGAAUAAGAUCGUUUAUCCCCCACAACUACCUGGAGAACCUCGGAGGCCUGCAGAAAUCUACCACUGUCGAAGACAGAUAAAAUACAGCAAAGAGAAGAUGUGGUAUUUGGCAAAACUGAUACGAGGAAUGUCCAUUGAUCAGGCAUUGGCUCAAUUGGAAUUCAGCGACAAAAAAGGGGCCCAAAUCAUUAAAGAGGUUCUCUUGGAAGCACAAGAUAUGGCAGUGAGAAAUCACAAUGUGGAAUUCAAAUCCAAUUUACAUAUAGCUGAGUCCACCUCGGGGCGAGGCCAGUGCCUGAAACGCAUUCGCUACCACGGCAGAGGUCACUUUGGGAUCAUGGAGAAGGUGUACUGCCAUUAUUUUGUGAAGCUGGUAGAAGGGCCCCCUCCUCCAGCCGAGGCCCCAAAGACAGCCGUCGAUCUUGCCAAAGAAUAUGUUCAGCAGCUUCGCAACCGGACCAUCAUCCACACUCUGUGACGGAGGAAUUCAGGCGGCCAGGUGUAUUUAUUCUUACCAUUCAUUUGCUAAAAUAAAAAAUGAAAGCUAAGGCA